AUUCCACCAUCUUCUCUGGGAAUGCCACGAGUAGGACGGGAAUGCACACUCACGCUCACACAUUCCACAUUUGGAAUAAUUUCUUUUUUUUCUCCUUUUCUUAAUUUCUCUUUCUCUCUCCAUCAGGGAGGGGCGGUGGAGGCUCGCAAGGAAAAGGGGAGGGGUGGUGGUUUGAGGUGGAGAAGUGUGGGUCUGUUAUCACCGUGACAACCUCUGCCCAACGUUCCAGUGGAGAAUGGGUCUUGUGUGUGUCUGCGUAUGAGUGUGUGCGUGUGCGUUUGGUGCACUGGGUACCAGGAGACGCAGCGUGAGCGUGUGAGUGAGCGAGCCAAACAAUGGCUCUGAUUUAGGCCGGCUGGGCGGUGGGUGAGCAUAAGGCCGGGCUGAAACGUCCGUGGAACGCACCAGUGGAGGACUGGCAUUAUGGGCAGAAUACAGUGAAGGGUCUGUGACAGAAUGAGGAGAGAUAGGGGUCGGGUGGUGGCAUGCACCAGGACCUAAGAGCGGGGAGGGGGGCCUUGAGAUAGGGGUGGUGAGUGUGGAUGACAGAGGUCUUUUCUGCAUCUGACAGAGCAGUGUUUGUGUCCUGUUUGGCUGAGGAAUGCUGCUGUCCUGGGUGACAGAGGAGCAUUAUGUGGGCCUUAUGUCACUACUGGGUGUCUUGAAGCUGCACACAGAGCUGGCGCGUCAAACGGCACACUACCAACAUGCGUGAUGGUCACAUCAGGCGUGAUACAUGACCAGAAAAUCUCAGCGCCCGGGGCAGAAAUCCUCUUCAGGACUCCUGCGAAGAACCGUUGGCAUAUUGGUCCACUGACUCAACGACGUGAGAAGUUUCUACCUCGCUGCGUUUACUUCAGAUUUAAAAGUAGCCUGUAUAGGAACCAAGGAUUUCGGUGUUUGCUCGACAGCUGGAGAGCUCUAGAGGAGGACAGUAUGUAUGUUUGUGUGUGUCCCAGUUGGAGGAUGAGCUCGGUGCAGACGGGGAGAGGCAGCGUGGCGAGCUUGUUCAGCUGCGCGAGGGCUCGGAGGGUUAAAUCCUGCCGAGGCUCUCUCACACACACAUAUAUACACACACACUGUGACCGUGGGCUCUUUCUCACAUACACACAAUGAAGCUAAGACGCCUGGGGUUGGGGCUGGGGCCACGGGCUCUCGGUUCUCACACUCUGAACCAGUACUUCAUCCCUGCCUGGGAAUCGGACUCAGUUCCUGCCGCGGUGCUCAGAGUGGCUGGCCGCUCCACUGCUCCGUCAGAAUCAUCUCUCCACUCACCAUCAUCAUCUCCAUUGUUAAAUUAUGAGGAUCCAUGGAGUCCAGCUGUUGAAAUCAUCAGACCUUGGUCGCCAUAGUCUGUUGUAUCUAAAGGAGAUUGGACAUGGCUGGUUUGGCAAGGUCCUGCUGGGGGAGGUUAAUGCGGGCCUCAGCACCACCCAGGUGGUGGUAAAGGAGUUAAAGGCCAGCGCCAGUGUCCAGGAUCAGAUGCAGUUCCUGGAAGAGGUGCAGCCAUACCGAACCCUCCAGCACCCUGCCCUCCUGCAGUGCCUGGCACAGUGCUCAGAGGUCACUCCUUAUCUGCUGGUCAUGGAGUUCUGCCCUCUGGGUGAUCUGAAGAGCUACCUGCGCAGUUGUCGGGUGGCUGACUCUGAGACUCCUGACCCCUUGAUCCUCCAGCGAAUGGCGUGUGACAUUGCCUCAGGGCUUCUGCACCUCCACAAAUACAACUUUAUACACAGUGACCUGGCCUUGCGAAACUGCCUGCUAACUUCUGAAAUGUCAGUUAAGAUCGGAGACUAUGGCCUUUCUCACAGCCGAUACAAGGAUGACUACUAUGUAACACAGGACCAGAUUUGGGUACCCUUGCGCUGGAUUGCACCUGAGCUCAUAGACGAGGUCCACGGAAACCUGCUGGUCGUUGACCAAACAAAAUCCAGCAACAUAUGGUCAGUGGGGGUGACUGUGUGGGAGCUCUUUGAGCUGGGAAACCAGCCGUACAGACAUUACUCUGACAGACAGGUGCUGACAUAUGCUGUGAAGGAACAGCAGCUCAAACUACCAAAACCCCAGCUCCAGUUCCCCCUGGCUGAGCGCUGGUAUGAGGUGAUGCAGUUCUGCUGGCUGCAGCCAGAGCUGAGACCCAGCAGUGAGGAAGUUCACCUUCUGGUCACUUACUUGUGUGCCAAAGGCUCCAGUGAAGCUGAGGAAGACUUUGAACAACGCUGGAAUGCCUUGAGACCAACCCUGCUCAGUAGCACCUCCCACACAGCGACAUCCACAGCCCUAGUACUGACCCCUACACCUGCUUCAGCCGACGACCCCAGCGCAGAACAAGCUCAGACAGUGGAGCUGGCCUCCUCUGCCUCGUCCUCCUUCCCCCUCCUGGAGCACUUCUCUGACAGCUUCCACUCGGACACAGGUGACGACCUACUCACUGUCACAGAAACCAGCCAUGGUCUCAACUUUGAGUACAAAUGGGAGCAGGCCCGAGCUGAGCAGCCCUACUGCUCCUCCUCCACCAGUGGGCCACUGGGCCAGGGGAACCCACAUUACCAGGAUAUCUACUAUUCAAGUAAAGGAAGCACCUCAGGGGGCUGCAAGACUGACAGCCUGACUUCAGGCAUAUCCCCAUCCUACUAUGAACCUGAACACCCAGGGGUGGUUCCAGUGUUGAGUGCCCACAGCCCCUCAGUCAGCAGUGAGUAUUACAUUCGUAUAGAAGAACCAGUAGAGUGUAACAUUAACUUGGAUGACAGUGUGGUGGACUACAGCCCAGGACUAGAGGCCAGCAGCAGCAGAUUGUCUUCCGAGAGUCGGACUGGUUCAUCCAUGACACAGCCCAGUGCUUACUGGGCAACUGCUGACAACACCAAGUCUCCUGCCUAUGACUCUGAUUCAAGCCCCACUGUCCAACUAACCAUGGAGCCACUGCUGAGACAGGCAUCCAGCACCAGUCCUGUAAAAUUACGCCAUUCCCACAACUGCUUUUCAUCCAGUCAGGACGACAAAGUCUACUGUGAACAGUCCUCAGCAUACAAGACACACCAUCAAUCCCGUCUGUCUGAACUGGAUACAUCACCAGAGUCCAGAUCAAACCUUGUUCAUCCAGUAGGAUGUUUAGAAAACCCACGCAGUUUGUCACAAGCAGUGAGCAGCCCCAGCUUAGGGUUCUGUGAUCCCUACCUUGAAGCGAGCACAGGUCGUAGCAUGGUUAAUGAAAGCUGCCAUAAUAUGAUGGGUCCCCUCAGAAAGACACUACCUAUUGUUAACCACAUUAGCAUUGAUGUGGGGACAGAUGACGGCCUGCUGGUGGGCCAGCAGAGAGGUGAAGACAUUGAGGAUGACUUUUUCUCUGAAGGAGAGGCCACUAACUGGACCUCAAACCAUUCAGCAAACAAUAAUAGUCUGAGCUUUGACAACAGGCAGACAGGCAGUGGGCAUGACAGCUAUCUGGACCUGCAAUAUACUGAUCACUCUAAUACAACAGAAUUAUGGUCUUUAACCAAGGCCACAACCAGAACCUUCCUCAGCUCCAGGUCUUGUGGCACCUUGGAGACAGAAAGAGGAGACUCUGGUUAUAACGCUGCUAGCCAGCCCACUGAAUUAGGUUCCUACAUUCACUUAUAUCACAAAGAAAGAGACGAAUCUGCCACUAAAGUGGAAAGAAACUUAACUGCAGAAAAUCCAAGAAGUAUUGAUUUUCUUACCAACUCAAGUAUGAAUGCCAGAGGUACAGAGGGAGGAAAAAUGGAGGGAAAAUAUGAAAAGCAAUUGUUGCUUAAUGGAGAGAGACUAUAUUCUGAGCCUAAGAUGAUACCUGAGGCAAACUACAUAAAGUCCCCAUCGUCUUUCAAGGAGCCUCAGAUUGGUCAAACAGGGGCCUUGUCAGCCAAGCAGAGAGCUAACAUCUGGGAGGGGGUUUCAACAGGAAUCUCUGUUGGUCUGGGAGACAAGAGACUAAACUAUCCAGAGACAUCAGAAAGUAGCAGAACAUUGGACAGUGGAGUCGGGGUCAGAAACUCCAGCAUUGGCCUGGUUGGGCUUGGAGACUACAGUGAGGAUGAUGAUGAUGACAUCACAGAUAUUACGUCAGGGAUCUUUGCUGACUUCAACCUGGACUAUGCUGAAAUAGAAGAAGAAGAGCUGAGUCCAGUGAAGAAUCAAGAGAGAACUCCUGACUCUGUAGACACCCUUAACCUGUCAUCAUCGAUGACAAGCACCUGUGAUCAGGCCUUCAGUCCCGAUCCCUUCAAUACCACUGUUCUACCCAAAUCACUGGACAGUGGGUAUGACACAGAGAACAACGAAUCUCCAGAGUUUAUCUUCAAAGAGCUUGGAGAUCCCAGAGGUGGUGAGAGGAGCCCAAGGCUAGGUGGAGAACCUGAACUAGUCCUGCAGGUGGGUUUAGGCCAAGGGAUCUGCACUUCCUCAAGCACCUCAGAAGUACAGUUAAAGGGCCUGACUGAUAAGAACCCAUACAGGGACUCUGCCUAUUUCUCUGACUAUGAUGCUGAAAAUGAGAGGAGCCCUCAAGACGAAGGCAGUAAGUUCUAUGUAGGUCCAAAUAACUUUGCUGCUGAAAAACUGAGCUUGAUCAGAGAUGAUGAUUCUGUCAAAAGGCACUUCAACAACGAAGAUCAUUUAACAAAUCUGAGACACAUCAAAAACUGUGUUUUGGUGAAUCUCUUAGAGACUGACCCUAGUCAGUCACCCCAUCCCCUUCCCACCCCAGGGUUGUCCAUGCUGUCCCCCUUUCCUCCGCAGAUGGGCGGCUGCCUGACCAAAGAGUGUGCUCCUGCAGAUGAUGAUCUCGGGUUGGAGACAGAGCACUCAGGAGAGGAGCCUUCCUCAGAGCUUGGCUCCUACAUUGGGUCUGAACCCUCUUCCACUGUCCAAGAGGCCUCAGGAAACCAUGAAGAUGGAAACAGAAGAGCAGAAGAUUGCUCCCCUGUCCAGUCUUUGCAUUCUGACUCCACCAUAACCGACUACAGAGAUGAGAACCCUAACGAAAAUGAAAAUGCUGAUGGAUCCACAGAGGAGGAAGAGCUGCCCGAAUUCAGUCAUGUCAAGGAUGAGACUGAGGACAGAAGGGAGGCUGUGAGAAUAAAUGAGGAUGAUUUUGAGGAUAUAGAUGCAGAGGAAUGUGACUCACAGGACAGUUUAUGUGAAGAAUCCAACGGUCCCGCUGACCUGUCUUCUUCCUCGUCAUUGCUGGAGCUGUGUGGAGAAUCAGUGAGAGCUCCGCUGGAGGAGGCGGAGGAUGAAGAUGACUCAGAUGAUAGCGAGUCCGAUGAAGAGCUGAGGACAUACAACAUCCAAGAUGAAGACAGUGAGGAGAGUGAGGAGGAUUUCACCACAGUGCCAGUGGUGGUAAGUGACUGCAGCAGAGCCAGACACCUCCGCAGUCUUCUGAAGAUGCCUACCCUGCUUACCCAGUCCUUCUGUGACGAGUUGGAGAGGAAGAAAAAAGCUGUGUCCUUUUUUGAUGAUGUGACGGUGUUCCUUUUCGACCAGGAGAGCCCCACGGGAGAGCUGGCUGACUACGCAUUCUCCAUAGGAACAGAGUCCAGUGAGCAGGAAUUCUCAGAGGAAAAAUCCUCUGACCAGCAGCUGCAACCUGACCCUGAACUUGAAGCUCAAUCCUGUGAAACAUUCUGCACUUCUGAAGGAACAGAUGGCAACAACUCAGAAGAGGGUGGGGGUUCUGAAUGGAAAGAUGACCUCACAUUUGAGCCCCGCCCGUCCUCACCUGACGCCAUCCCUGAGCCCCAGUCCUCACCCACAUCCACCUCCAACAGUCCCGAGGAUCCUAAACCUGCAGCUGUAGCACUUAAUCGUUUCAUGGUCUCACGAUUCUCUAUCACACAUGUCUCCGACCCCCACAUGGGAUCAGCAACAGCAGGGAACAGUGAAGGUAUUCCAAAAGAUUGAGUGUCCCGCGGCCCUGACUGGAGGAGGAUGAGUCCUGGUCCUUCUCAACACAGAAAAGCAGCAUUACUAUAUCUAGAUGUUUUACAGAGUUUUAUUUUUAUCAACGUUUGGGGUAUCUGACCCUAGUGACCCUUUAUGAGACAGUGCCUCAUAUUGUAGUGAAAGACCCUCAAUGAUUUGCACACUUUUUUUGUUUGUUUUUUGUGAAGAAGGAGCGAUAGCUGUUGAUAUGGCAACCUGUUCGAGACGACCAGGAGAGCGAAUACAAAAUCAGAAAUCAUAUCGUUUGCAGAAAUAGAAAUCAUAAGUAUAUUAGUUUUAACAUAUGGUAUAUGACAAUAACUUAUUUGCUCAGUGCAGCAUCAAUAUUUUUGUUGGUGACCUUACAGGUCAUCACAUUUGUGAAUUUAAAAUAUAAUAAAUAUGAAUUAAAGGGGGGAAAAAAUGUGAAAUGACAGGCUUCAUAGCUACUCCACUCAUUGGCUGCCUUGGUCUAUCUGCUUACCAUUGCUCUGGCUUUUUUUUUUACAGACUGUUACUGCACUCAUUGUUGGAGCCAGAGAACAAUGCUUGUCGCAAAGACAAUAUCUGACUUUUCAAUAGUUGUGGGUGGUGGUGAUGGUGUUUGAGGGUGCUGAAACUUAAUUUGUCCCUCAACCCAAAUCAUAUCAAAUCAUAUUGAUGAUGGGACUCAGUGAAUUCAGUGUGCUAUGUUAGUGGAAGUGUUAAUUUUGACUAAAGUUCUGUGUAGUUAUAUUUUGCUUUAGUUUUAGUCGACUAAAGUGGGUUUACAGGUUGGGUUAAAAGUGUAAUAUAUUAUUUAACAUUUCUUCAGAUUUCCUGGAUCAUAUAACUGUUCAGAAACUCUGGGUUAUCCACUUCUCCAAUCGGUACAGGACAGCAAUUUGUUUUAGUUCUUUCCCUAACAUUUUAGUCUUGUUUUUAUACAUUGAUGAAAACAUUAAGAUUUUGUCAAUUUUGGUUUUAUUUUUAUUAGUUUUAUUUAUUGUCUAGUUUCCACCAAUGAAAACAUGUUUUUGAUGAAAACUAUGACAAAAAUCAUUCAACAACAAAAUGAACACUGGUUAAACAUAACAUAAUAAAGCAAAUCAAUGUGUUGUCACUGCUUAAUUAUCACCACCACUCACUCUGGGUAAUGAUCACCUACAGUAUGUCUACAGUUACCAUAUCCGUCUGAAGCACUUUGUAUAGCCAAACUUGGUCUUUAUUUGUAGAAGUGAUGGCUCUGUUGCUCUACGUCUCCCCAUCCUGGAAUGAAAUAUCUAAACAUGAGAUUCCCUAUUUGUGUCCACAGUGCCGGCUACAGGUUCACUUUAUUUUGUGCCAUAUUAGCUUUGUUUAUAUUACAUCUCAUCAGCAAUAGAGUGACACCAAAGGGAUAGAGAGGUGUUUCAACACAAUUCAGCAGUGUCAUGUCGUAAAUGUCGAAUACCAGUAUCAUCUUUAUGCAUCUUUUCUACGUCUAGGUACUGUCCAUAUUCUCAUACAUAAUGUAUUGUAUUACAUUUGUGCUGAAUGCCCAGGUCUGAGGCAUACAAAAAAAAGGACAUUCAAAAUAUGACAUUUCACAUAUUGUAUGAAUGUUUUAUCAACAUGUAGCAGGUAGCUUGACUUGAAUUACUACUGCUGUAUCGACAGCUCCCUCACCCUCUCUGUCCUUCUGUAGCUCAAAGUGCCAAUUCUGUUUCCUCUCACCUUGCCUUUUAAGUUCUGCAAGAAGAGAAAACGUUGCUUGUAUUUUUGUACGAUUUGAAAAGAUGCAAUCCAAGAUGACAGUCUCUCAAAUUUGCCAAAGAGAUAUUAUACAGCCUAUUGGCUAAAACGGCAGACACCUUUGGAGAAGGUGAGGGGGGCUGUUGUGUGCACCGGUAGUAACAACAUUGCUGUUUCCAUUUUCCCCUCACUCAUUGCUAUUGUACUAUCCCAAACAAAUAAAUCCAAAUACUUUUU